AUGCUCCAGUUCAAUCGAACCGUUCCUCUUUCAGUUGAUUUUACUAAUCCAGAAGAUUAUUUGAUAUUUCUUUUUCAUAUCCUAUUCGCCACAGGCUCUGCUCUCCUGGCUGGUUCUGUGGUCAUUGGCAUCGUGGGCACCAGGGCCCUGCGCUCCCAGAACCGCUUUAUCUUCAUGUUAAACACCAGCAUCAGUGACACUUUAACCGGCUGCUCUGUCUUCUAUCUCGGCCUGUUCGAUGUCCAGGAGGGCUAUCCGUCCCGAAACGGCACCUAUUACAUUUUACCGUCAUUCCUAGGGGUGAAUGUGUUGACGUUUCUAUUCGCGCAGUUUGACAGAUACCUGGCAGUGUGCCAUCCGUUCUUCUACAAGCGUUACAUCACGCGCGGGGUGGUGACCGGCGUCUGUGCGCUUUGUUGGGGUUAUACAUACUCAAUUCUGACUGUUCAAAGUGUUGUGCCCGUCGCGUACGCCGCUCAAAUGAACGCGUUUGGAGUCAUAGUCCUGCAGGUGAUCGUGGCCGUCAAAGUUUUGAUGACUAUCAAACUGUACAUGAUCGCCCGACAUCAGCUCAGCCGAGAGGCGCCCAGCAGCGAGAAGGACAGCAAGAAAGAAUCGUUGCGCAUUAUCGUUUUCGUGGUCAUUUGUUUUCUCAUCUUAUGGGCUCCGUCUUUUGUGAACAUCUCGGUGAGAUAUGUGACCAAGGGCGGGUUGAGGUUCAGAAAUGAAGCCACGAACCUGUUCGCGAUCAUGGCCCGAUUGAACGCGCUCAGCACGCCGGCGCUGUACAUUUGGGGAAGUCCAUCUUUACGCGCGGCGGUCUGGAACCGAGUGUGGAGCAAAAUAUUCCAGAGAAGAAAACCAAGGGCGGACUCUGGCCAUGUGAAACACAUGAAGGGAGAAGAGAAAAUACUCAGCAUCACACAUCAGAGAAACAUGAACACAGAAGACUCUUAA